AUGGUAUCAGUUAAAGGGAUUGUUGAAACACCAUGUUCUAGUAAUAUACAAAAAUGUGGUUUUGAAAUACAAGAUUUAGAAAGACAAAUUAUUGAAAUAAAAACUAAAACAUUUAAGAAGUGUAUUAAAAAAUUAAAUUGCUUACAAGAAAGAGCCAUAUUCGAAGAUUGUUAUGGAAAAUCAUUAAAAGCUGUUAGAUCAAUUUAUACUGGUGACAAUAAUGUAGAUGAAUAUUUUACGGAUGUCUCAGACAAAUACCGUUUUCAAAUGGAACAAUGUUUUACUUCUAAUCCUAUUUUAGAUUUAUUACGGCCACAUUCACAGGUAGAAGAAUUUGUAAAUGAUGAAGAUGCAAUAUAUGCUCGUGUUAUAUUUUCAACUGAGUUUGCUGAUAGAUUAUGGGGACUAGAUGAUAAUGUUUAUUCAAGACUUGCUAUGGAAUCAUACAGUUCAUGCUUAAUUAAAGAAUUUCCUGUUCGAGUAUUUGGUGGUGGUAUCAAUAGAAUUAUAGAUACUUCAAACCCUUUAAUGAAUAAUGCCUCCACAUCAUGUUUACUAACAACAAAUGAAGUCACAUGCUACAAAAAUACACUAUCGCAUGAUGGAUUUUAUCAACAAUUAAUACAUAAUAGGGAAGCUGUUUUAAGAGCAUGCAUCAGAACUAUUCGUUUACAAACACAAUGUAAAUCAUCAGAUGUUUCAAGAAUGAGAGCAUGUUUAUGUAAUGCAAGAGAGGAAUUUGAAAAUAGAUUACAAAACAACUUAUUAGAAUGUGUUAGAAAAACAGAUAUGACAACUUUAUACAAAAUUUUAAAUGAAAAACAAUUAGGAUUUAGUACACAACGUUUUCAAGAUCGUUCUUAUAACAGUUAUCCUCAACGUGGAAUGGAACCAGUAUCAUCAGAUUCACCAUUGUAUUCACCUCCUGUUUCUAAUACCCAUAAAAUUGUUCCAGGAUCUGUUAUCACUCAAGGUCUUUUAUUAAAUGGGCAAUGUCUUUGUGCAUGUACUGCACCAGCUAGAAGCCAUCAAAAUUUAAAUUAUCCAGAAUCAUCAUUUCCUGAACCUACAAGUAUGUUUUCAAGAACAAGAUCAAAUAAUAAUCCCUGGAGUUCACCAUCUCAAUACAGUCGUAUUUUUAAAAACUAA